AUGGAUCGACUGGCGAAGGUUGACCAGACCUUGCGCGACAAUCGUGCGCUGUCCACCGUCGUCACCGAGAAUCCCAUCAUUCGCACCUACCUGGACAAAGCACGAACCGCUGCCAGCGACGGCAAGAAGGUGGAGUUCGACGACGCCAUCGACAAGUACCACCAGAUGCUGAGCUUCACAAAGCCGGACUACCGCAUCCCUUGA